AUGAGCCUAAUACAGUUUAACCAGUCUGAUCGUUGUGAGCAUUUCUCAUGUACAGAGAGACCUGUAUCUCCUGUAGUUUAUAUCUUACUGUAUGUGUGUUCAGCUGCUUUAGUUCUUCUAACAGUGUGUGGAAAUCUGCUUGUCAUCAUCUCAGUUUUUCACUUUAAGCAGCUUCACACACCGACUAACAUGUUUGUGCUCUCUCUGGCUGUGUCAGAUUUUUUCAUUGGCUCUUUAACAAUGCCGUUAAUUUUAAUCUGGGCAAUCGAGUCAUGCUGGAUUUUUGGGACACAUUUCUGCAUAUAUUUUAUGAUGACUGGCUCCUUCCUCAUGAGCUUAUCUAUCUAUAAUAUUGCUCUCAUUGCUGUGGAUCGGUAUUUGGCUCUCUCAAAUCCAUUUCUCUACACAAACACAGUCUCUGUGAGAAACACUCGUGUUGUAAUUGUUUUUGACUGGUGUCUAAUUGUAGCCUAUAAUGUAGCACUUUUUUAUUUCAAUGGAAAUUUCAUGAACUAUGAAAUGUGUCCUGGAGAGUGUUUUAUCUCUUUGUAUGAGGUUUGGUCUGUAACUGAUCUUGUAUAUUCAUUUGUUUUCCCACUUUCUGUCAUAAUCAUAUUUUAUACUCUAGUUUUUGUAAUUGCUAAGAAACAUGCCACUGCUAUCAGAGAGCUUAAUAAUCACACACGGACUAAAACACAGAAAAUCACUUUACACUCAAUGAAAUCUGAGAGAAAAGCAGCUAAAGUCCUCGGAAUUUUAGUGUCUGUGUUUCUGGUGUGUUUACUUCCAUAUUUUAUUUACAGUUUUUUAGGCAAUGUUAUUGAACUUCCAAAUGAGUUAUUUCAAAAAGUCUUUCUUAUGCUUUAUCUUAAUUCCACCAUUAAUCCAAUGAUUUAUGCUUUGUUUUACCCAUGGUUUAGGAGAUGCAUUAAAAUCAUUACAACUUUGAAAAUAUUCCAACGAGACUCUGCAUUUAUUAGUGUUCUUUCAUAA